AUGGACUUACCAUCUAUAAGUAAGUAAAUAACUCAAUUAGUCACAGAAUUUUACUAAACAAUUUUUUAGAAGAUUUGCAAAUUAAUAAUGAAGAAAAUUUAAUUGAUAUCACAACGACAUUUUUUGAUUCAAUAAAAUCAAUUACAAACAACAAAGUUGUGAAAUCGGCCCCAUUUGAAUUAUUGGAAGGUACUAGAGCAUUAGAAGUAUUAAAUCCAAGAUUAGAUACUGGUAUAAUUGAGUUAUCAAAAGAUGAAACCUUAUUUGAUUGUUCAAAGCCCCAGUCGAUUGAUUCGAUAAUUCAAAUUCAGUUAAAAUUAUAUAAAUGUUUGAUUAAUUGGUUGGAGAAAGAUAGUUUACCAGUAACAAUAUUGAGCUGUAGAUAUGUUUCAACAAUUUUGGAAAAUUAUUUGAAAAACCCCACGGAAUUAUCAUUCAUAGAUACAAGAAUAAAUAGUAAACAUGAAGAAGGGAUUGAAUUUUUAUUAGUUCAUAAGGUCUUGAAAAGUUUUGUUGUUGCAUUGUGUAAAUUUAUUGGUUUCAUUAUUAAUAUCUCAAAUAGUUUAUUAUAUGAAGAAGAAGAUCUCAUUACUAGAAACAUGAAUUUCAAUUUUUUACAAACCAUACCCGUUGAAAAUAUAUUAGAUGAAUUAAACGACACAAUUGAGUGGAUAUUAUCUAACGAGACUGAAUUUGAUCAAAAUACAAGCACAAUAAUUAUCCAAUUAAAAAUUAUGAAAUAUUUAAAUACAAUUGAAUCAAAAAUACUAAGUACAAAAAUCAAUUUCCUACAAGAGAGUGAUAAAUUUGAACUAUUCACAUUUUGUAAAGAUGCAGUAUCCGAAAUUGAGAAAUUAAAAGGUAAAGAAUCAGAUGAAAAUCUUUUACCAGUUGGUGCAUUUUCAAAAUUUAUACAAGUAGAUUUACCAAAUAGAAACAUACCUGCCGAAUUAACAGAUAUAGAUUUAGAAACAACUUAUAAUCAUCUAAUUAACAUAUUUUCAACUAUUCAUACAUUUACAAAUCAAGCUAAUCAAAUAAUUGCCAUAAAUCAGUUACAAGAUUUCUUGUAUUACAACAUUAAGUAUCCAAUUUCUGACUCAAAAUUUUCAGUUUUUUCAAGAGGUCUAUUUCAAUUGUUUUUCAUAAGAGAUGAUAAAUCAAUAUUUGGAAGUCACGAAAUGACUCUUACAAAUUUAGUAGUUGAAUUAGUGGAGAAUUUGAUAGGUAAAAACACAAUCAUAUUACUCAAUUUUGAGUCAUGUCUAUCACAAUUGAAUUCUACUCAAAAGGCAGAGUUACUAAAAUUAUACAACCAGAAUCUUAACGAUUUAGAGAGUGGAAUAUAUCAUAAUCUUUGUGUUUAUGGUGCUAAUUUCUGUCGUUCACAACAAUUGAUAUCAAAAUCAUUGGAGCUUUGGGAUACAAUACAGGUAUCAUGGGAACCUUUUGAAUUUCAUGUAUUUAACAAAUUACAAUUUGGAGAUAUUUUGAAAACUGGAGAGGGUGCAAUCAGUAUUACUUCAUACAUAUAUUAUAGUAAGAUGUGUUCCAUGUUUGAAUUUUUAAUCAAUGGAUUUGAAACUGAAGUUUAUAAACCAUUUGAAUAUUAUUUAAUAUAUUGGUAUGGUGAAUAUUUAUUAUUAAACAUUAUACAACAUUUAAAAGAUAGAAUUAUAAAUAUUAUACUAGGUAAGAUCAAUUAUAUUGAAACUACGAUACCUAACAAAAUUAAAAAGUUGAAAAAUGGACCUAAAAAGACACAGUUGAAACAAAUACAGAGUUAUAAUCAAGAAGUAAUCAUACCGCAAUUGACCAAAACUUUAAAUUAUAAUCAAGACUACUUAAUUAAAUCGUAUGAGGUAAUGAGGCAGUUGAUAAACUGUCAAAUUUCAUACUUAAUUGUUCUUUCCAAAUUAAAAUUGAUGGAUUUUUCACAACCAAGUCAAAGUUUAACAUCUCAAGAACAUUUAUAUUAUCUUAGAAUGAAACCUUAUUCAUCAAUUGGCAUACCUGAAUUUCCCAAAUUUGAACAAUUUCAAAAAAUAUUGAAAAUUACAGAACCACAGUUGGAUUUUAAUGGAUUAAUGAAAAGCAUUGAAUUAUUAGCGAAAGCCAAAAAUGGGUUGGGUGAUGUUAUAAAAGAUUAUGAAUCAUUGACUAGAUAUAUCCAAAAUGAUAAGCACAACUUCAUAAAAGACUCAUUAGUGGUAACUUGGUAUCAACAAUUGAUUGAAUCUGCAAAAUUGUUGGAUUCUAAUAUUGAUAAAUUGUCAAAAAUCAUACAAGCUCAUAAAAAUGAUUUAUCCAAUGUUUCAAAUCUGUACAAAAAUGAAAUCACCAAAGGUAAACAUAAAUAUUUUCCAAAUAUUUCAAUUGUAAAUAUUUAA